CCGGGACAUGACGGACUGGGACUGGCGGGCCCGACCGGGCCGGGACAUGGCGGGCCGGGACAUGACGCCAGGUCUCCAGUGAAACUCACAUAAACGAGAGCAAGAUCUUUGGUGAAAGUUGCUUCUGGAUUGAUAAACCUCCCACUGCUGAACACGGGCGCCCGGCGGCUGGGUUUAACUCGGAGUGGAGACCUGCCGCCUCUCUCCCUCAGGCACUGCUGCAACGGCUGCAACUGCUGCUGCAACUCCCCCAGCGACUGUGCAUUGCACCCAACGCCACUUCUCUGCUGUUGCAUUCAACUUAAAAUUGCUGCAACACUUGUUUAAAAAUACACGAUCAAAGUUUAUUUCCAAGGAUUUUCCAGCAACUUAGUGGAUAAAUGCACAGAACGGAGUAGCCUUGGAAUUCUGUAGCUGAGUCUCUUGUUUUUAAAGCAUGAUGAGUGAGCUUUGGACUCCAAUUGCAAAACAAUACAAUCCACUGAAAGCUGGAAGCAUCGAUGGGACGGACGAGGAGCCCCAUGACCGAGCAGUUUCGAGGGCAAUUGCAGCCAAGUACAGGCCGAAUAAGGGCGUCAUAGGAGAUCCUCACCUGACCCUCUUUGUCUCCAGGUUGAAUCCUCAGACAUCUGAGGAAAAGUUAAAAGAUGCCUUCCUUAGAUUUGGAGACAUCCGUAGACUGAGGGUUGUGCGCGACAUUGUCACGGGGUUUUCCAAAUGCUAUGGUUUCAUCGAAUACAAGGACGAGCGUUCAUUAUUAAAGGCACAUCGGGACAGCAAUAAACUAGUGGUGGACCAAAAUGAAAUAUUUGUGGAUUUUGAAUUGGAACGGAGUUUGAAAGGAUGGGUCCCACGGAGAUUUGGCGGUGGAUUAGGAGGCAAAAAGGAAUCCGGCCAGCUGCGAUUUGGUGGGAGGGAUCGUCCGUUUCGGAAGCCCUUCAGUCUGCCAGCACUGAAAGCAGAACUGUACACAGAGGGACCAGUCGAUAAACUGGAUCGAACAAGGGAUAACUGGCAAUGGGAGAGAGGUCGAGAUCGGGAGAGGCGAAGAGAGGAGCGGGGCGAGGAAAGAGAAAAGCACGAUGGAGAUAGAGAGCGAUACAGAAGCAGGGAAAGGGAUCAUAAACGGCAAAGAGAUGAAGAUCGAUAUAAAGACAAAGACAAAGACAAAGACAGACACCAACGCAGGGAAAGGCAUAAAACACGGCGAUAGAUGCUGUUACCUUUAUUAUCCCCUGCAGGGAAAGAUGACAAUUCUCAACAAAUGCUAUUCUGCCAUAGUCUGCCUAACCUUUUUAAUUGCUUAAAUGUAUGUUGCGGUGAUUUGAAAUAUUUGAUCGCCAUUCAUUUGUAUCAAGGUAUGUUAUUGGAGAGUACAUUUUCUCAGAUAUUGUAUUUGUACCACACAAUAUGACAUAUUUCCCUUAAGGUUUCCACUUAGUAUUUGGAUAGCAAUGAUUAUUCUUUAUUAUGCUUAAGUUCAUUUUUUUAAAAAGAUUUUAACAAAUGGGAUGAUGAUCUAGCACCUAUGUCUGUUACUGGAUGGUGAUCAAAAAACAAACUUUCCAUCUUGAACUUCACUGAAGUAAAUCCAAAUAUGCCUCUGCAAUUGUUUCUUCAGUAGAAUAAAUAACUAUUAAUAAAGGUCAUGGAUCAAACUUUACUUACAUGGAAAUCACAGAACUACAGCUGCUGGAAAGCGGCUUAAAAUAAUAGCCAAAAAUACUGGAACACUGACAAAUAGUAUCCGUGGAAAGAGAAACUAUUGAUACUUCAGAUCAGAAACCCGUCAAUUUCCACAAAGAAUCCAGCUAACAUAUUUACUGUUGCUCUUUCCACAGCUGUUGCUGUCCCUACUCAGUAUUUUUUGGUUUUAUUUCAUUUAUAUGGCAAUUUAAGAAUGCAUAAUUAAACAUUUAAUUUAGAUUGCCUAAAUUAAUAUUUAUUUACCAUUUGGGUUUUUGUCAUGCAGUUUUCACUGCAGCAGAUUCAUUCUGUACUCCAUUUAAAAUGGUGAUUUCCUGAUUUUCUUUUUCAAGCAUACUGGUUUACUACACUUAGAUGCAGAAUUGAAUAAAAUAUCCUACUUUGUUUCCAUUGAA